CUACAACAAGUGAAAAGUCCGGUUUGUUGAUGAAAAAGAGAAUUCAAUAAUCAAUUUUAAUUUUUAAUAAAACUAUAGAAAACAGCAAUGGCCUUUAGUGAAGGUGAAGUUUGUAGAAUUUGUUUAAGCGUUAAUGUACGCAUGGUUGUACUAAAGGAGACUGGCCUCCAAAAUUUGUAUAGGACAUUGACGAACAGUUUUUUGGAUGAGAUUGAGGGGCCAAUAAUUGUUUGUUUCACCUGUCAUGCAAGACUCAUUCGUUGCAGAAGAUUACAACAACAGGCUAUUGAGUCAAAUGUGGUCCUGGAGCAGUUGCUUUCAGGAGGAUCCAUGUCAAUACCAAAACCGCAUAAGGUUAGAGGUGAGAUUAAAUUCACACCAAUUUAUCAUAUAGAUAUCUGGCCUGUAGAGUGUGAUAUAGACAAUGAUUGCAAGGACGAAAUUUUUUGCCUUGAUGCCGUUAAAGUUGAGGAAGAGAUUUUCGAAUAUGAGACUUCCAAAUUUGAAGAAAAUGAGAAUCAUGAAACAGAACCAUACAUCAUACCGACAAAUCAUUUUUCGAAAGCGUCUGAGAGCCAGAUUAAAUCAAAUUCUACUGAUUAUAACAUAAACGAUGUUCGUAAAGGAAACCUCGAUUUAGAAAGCCCUACUAUUAAAUCAAAGCCUAAAGUCAAAAAAGAUAAUCAACCAUUUAAUAAAAAAGGAAAGCAUCCUGCAAAGAUUAUGAAAAAGAAAACAUUGAAACAAAAGAGUGUAAAUAUGCUUACGAACAACACGUCAGGGGCAUCAACAAAAUACAUUUUUGAAUGUGAUGGUUGUAGCAAAAAAUUUUCAACAAAAGACAUUCUCGCCAAACACAUUUCAUACAGUCAUAAGACGCAAAAGAACCAAAAGAACACCACUGCAGUUCGGACACCAGUGGAACAAACUCCAGUACCACAACUUACGGAAAUAUUUAAUUGUGAUAUUUGCGAAUUUAAAACAUCUCAAAAACGUUGCAUUUUGGCACAUCUUAACGCGCACGUCGCUGAACAAGUGUACUGUUGUAAUAAUUGUUAUUAUAAAAGUAUAAAAAAAGAUCAUUUGCAAAAGCAUAUGAAAAUACAUACUGGAGAAAAACCUUUUUCAUGUGUUAUCUGUGAAUAUAAAUGUAUUACAAAAAGUGAUUUGCAAAAGCAUAUGAAAAUACAUACUGGAGAAAAACCUUUUUCAUGUAAUAUCUGUGAAUAUAAAUGUAUACAAAAAAGUUAUUUGCAAACGCAUAUGAAAAUACAUACUGGAGAAAAACCUUUUUCAUGUAAUAUCUGUGAAUAUAAAUGUAUAGAAAAAAGGUAUUUGCAAAAGCAUAUGAGAGUACAUACUGGAGAAAAAUCUUUUUCAUGUAAUAUCUGUGAAUAUAAAUGUAUAGAAAAAAGUAAAUUGCAAAGGCAUAUGAAAAUACAUACUGGAGAAAAAUCUUUUUCGUGUAAUAUCUGUGAAUAUAAAUGUAUUCAAAAAAGUGAUUUGCAAAGGCAUAUGAAAAUACAUACUGGAGAAAAACCUUUUUCAUGUAAUAUCUGUGAAUAUAAAUGUAUUACAAAAAGUGAUUUGCAAAGGCAUAUGAAAAUACAUACUGGAGAAAAACCUUUUUCAUGUAAUAUCUGUGAAUAUAAAUGUAUAGAAAAAAGGUAUUUGCAAAAGCAUAUGAUAAUACAUACUGGAGAAAAACCUUUUUCAUGUAAUAUCUGUGAAUAUAAAUGUAUUACAAAAAGUGAUUUGCAAAGGCAUAUGAAAAUACAUACUGGAGAAAAACCUUUUUCAUGUAAUAUCUGUGAAUAUAAAUGUAUAGAAAAAAGUAAAUUGCAAAUGCAUAUGAAAAUACAUAGUGGAGAAAAACGUUUUUCAUGUAAUAUCUGUGAAUAUAAAUGUAUAGAAAAAAGUUAUUUGCAAAAGCAUAUGAAAAUACAUACUGGAGAAAAAACUUUUUCAUGUAAUAUCUGUGAAUAUAAAUGUAUUAGAAAAGAUAUGUUGCAAACACAUAUGAAAAUACAUACUGGAGAAAAGCCCUUUUCGUGUAAUAUCUGCGAAUAUAAAUGUAUUACAAAAAGUGCUUUGCAAAGGCAUAUGAAAACACACACUUGAGCAGAACCAUUUUUAUGAGAGAUCUGUUCGACAAUGAAGGCAGAAGACUUCGAUACUCCUACCCGUCCUUGCUUACUGACAAUGAAAUAGCUCAUGGUGUGCCUCUAAUUGCAACAGGAUGGGAUGUCACAACUGAACAUAAUUAUUGUAAAGUGCAAGAUGACGAUGAUUUCACAGAAGCUGUGGUAGUGAUUAGAAAGCCUGGAAGUGAUGUUACGAUUGAACACAAUUACUGCAAAGAGCAAAAUGAUUGUUCCAAAUCAUCGGUAGAGAUUGGAUCAUCAGAUGUUGGAAAUUCUCAUGAACAGCCUUCAUGUUCAAAUUUUUCAACUGUUGCAACAGUUGUAGAAAAUAAAGAUACAUUCCUGGAGCAACCUCCAAGUGCAAGUACCAAAGGCAUGGAGAUAGAUGUUCUCGAAGAACUCGUAGGAAUUGAUUCUAAUGUUAAUGUGGUGAAUCAAAUGUUGCCAAAAGGUAGCACAUGUACAAAAAAGCAAAAAGGUUCGGUGAAGAAAAUAGUAUCAAGGAAAAGAAAAUUGGUUAAAAUUUUGACUAAUAUUGCUACUGAAACUUUAAGUGACUCAGUAUCACAAAGACUUGAUCAAGCCCAAUCCCUAUCAAGAAAUAAAGACCUUUUGGAAAACUUUUUGUUAAACAAACAAGCGCAGACUUUCUUGUUUAUGCAAUUAAAACAAAUUCAUAAAAGCAAAAUGGCCAGAAGGUUUACCUUAGAUGAAAAAUUAAUGGCGUUGCUCAUAAUGAAACAAAGCCCCAAAAGUUAUAAACUAUUAGAAAAAAUGUUUGCCUUGCCUAGUAAACGGACAUUAAAUAGACUUUCUGAGAAGGUUUCAAUACAACCAGGACUCAAUCCAUUAAUAUUUGAACAUAUAUCAAAUACAACCAAAAAAUGGGACACUAAACAAAAGCUAUGUACAAUCGUUUUUGACGAAGUCUCUCUAACACCACAUUUAACUUUUAAUGAAAAAGAUGAUAUAAUUAAUGGGUUUGUAGAUAUAGCUGGAGAGAGAAAACUGAAAUAUUGUGAUCAUGCUUUAGUUUUUAUGCUAAGAGGAAUAUGCUCUCCAUGGAGACAGAGUGUAGCAUUUUAUUUCUGUGAAGGCACAGUAUCAGCAGCAGAGCUGCAAUGCAUUUUAAAACAGAUUGUGCCCCAAGUGAUACGAACUGGGUUAAUACCUUUAGGUCUUGUUUGUGACCAAGGGUCCACAUUUCGAACAGCAAUAAGAAGACUUAGGGAAGAUACAAUUCGUAGGCGGAAUAUUCAAGGUGUUCAUGAUGAUGGAUCGGUUAAUAUUGCUGAUCACGAUUUAAGCAUAUUUUUUGACCCACCUCAUCUCUUAAAGGGCUUAAGGAAUAAUUUUUUAAAUAAAGAUAUAAUUUGGGAAGAAAAAACUGCCUCUUGGAAAGAUAUUGAGUUCAUUUUUGAUUUGGAUAGCAAAUUGGGGCACACAAGGGCACUACCAAAGUUAACGGCUCAUCAUGUUGAUCGCCAAAAGAUCAAAAAAAUGAAGGUCAGCGUAGCUGCUCAAGUAUUUAGUGCUCGAACUGCUGCUAUGCUCAAAUAUACAAAUGCACUCAAUUAUUUUCAUACUGCAAACUCUGACGCAACAAUGGCCACAACAGCAGAAGUUGUUGAAUUCUUCGACACACUGUUUGACAGCGUCAAUGGCUACCCGGGUGGUGUGCAAAGAGGAAAGUUAAGACGAGCGGUUAAACAAAAUUCACAACAUCACACUUUUUGGAUUGAGGCCAUUAAUAAAAUUAAAAAAAUGGUUUUUGUAGACACCAGUAGCAAACAUGCUACAAAAGCAGGAAAACCUCGACUUGUGCGAGUGCCAUCCCAACAAGGAUGGAUUACAACUCUUGAAAGUUUUAUAAGGGUCUCCAAAUUGUUAUUUGAACAGUAUAAUGUAGAAUAUUAUUAUCCGAGGAAUAUUAAUCAAGACCCAUUAGAAAAUUUUUUUGGCCGUAUAAGAGCUAUAAAUUAUAGAAAUGUUAACCCAGAUGCAAACACAUUUAUAUAUGCCUUUAAAUCUUUGAUGUUAUCUAACAUGCUUAGUCCACAUUCCAAAUUCUCUAACUGUGAAGAGGAUAAUGGAGAAACAUUAUUAAAUGUUAGUCUUCUUUUUAAAAACCUUCAUAAUAAUAAAGAAAAUGACUCGGAAAACACUGUCAGUAUUUCGCGAGAUCUCCCAUCUUCUUCACAAGCAAGUUCAAGAGAAAAGUUGCUGGUGAAUGAUGUAGUCAUGGAAAAAAUCAAAGUCCACUGCUCAGCUUAAACUGCUGGAUACAUUUGUCGGAAAAUAACGAGAGCGAUUCGUUGUAAGGAUUGCAUCAAAACAUAUAUUAGCAGUACGGAGACAAACAUUCACUCUUACAUUAAAUUUAGAGAGUAUAAAUUGUUAAAAAAUAAUAAUUUGGCAUACCCUAACGAAAAAUUCCUUAUCUUGUACAGGGAUGGUACUCACUUUAUUCAUAACUAUUUGAAUUAUAGCUGUAUUGGAAGUAAUAUAAAAAGUAAUUUGAAAAGAAAAAUAUUGAGCACUUUGAGUUUUUCCUGCCUAGGGUGUGAUAAGCAUGCCUUAAUUGUAAAAAACUUUUUCACCAAUAUUUUAAUUAGAUUACAUGGACACAAUUGGUGCAACAUAAACAAUAAAAUAUUGAAGGGUGAUAUUGAUGAAAAAUAUGUAUCUAAAAUGGGUGAACCCCAAAAAUUGGCCUUAAAGAAGUAUAAAAGUCUUAGGUUAAGAAAAAAAUGUUUAAGUAAAUAAAAUGUUGAUGAAGUGACGACCUGGAUAUGCAGGUGGCUUAGGACCGUGCUUUGUGACAUUUCUUGGGGGAGGCCUACGUUUAGCAGUGGACUUGUGAAGCGCUGUAAUGAUGACGGUGGUUAAAUAGAAUGUUCGGAUUCCUGGAACGUAAACUCUGUUUCAGGUCCCCGCAAACCAAGUAUAUAACGAGGCGAUAUUGCGAAUAGCUAUGUUGUGUGUGCCGGACAGGUACGUGUGGUGCCGGAAGCGGCCCCCACCAUUCGAGACACCGCGCGCACGUACCUUCCAAACGAGGCCCACUGACCCGAGUGCUGCACACUAAAUAAAGUAGCUCAGGAUGUAGAUUUAUUCUGCUGUUCCUUGGGUGAAUUUACCUAAGUGACAUUAUAUUAUGUAUUAUGUUAUAAUAGUAGAUAAGUUGUGUUCUGUCCUUAUUAAAUUAGAUAGUUUUAUAUGCCUACACUGUCGUAUUAGGUACGCCUGUAAAGACAGAGGUAGAAAUAAAUAAAUAAAGUUACUCCCUAAAAAUCUCUGGUCUGUAGCAACCUAGAAUAUGCUUCUAUAGCGCGGAGUCGAUUUUAUGCUACAUUACGCUAUUAGCAUCUUGAGCAUACUUGUUAUUUUUAAUGUUGAUGUCGAUAUUUGUUUAUUUUUCAGAUGCUUAUCACGGAACAACCUCCAAGUGAAAGUACCAACACCAAGGAGAUAAAUGUUCUUUUUAAAAGUAAUUUAUGUUACCAUAUAACUUAGUUAUAUGAUAAUAUAGAUUACUUUUUAAUUACGAUUAUACUAAACUGUCGUUAACAGUAACCAUACAGAGUUAAUACAUACAAUAUAGAUGUAUACAUUAUAUAUUUAUUCUUUAAUUUUGGGUUUAUGUAUAAGAGCAUAAAAUUCACAAAUAUUGUUUGUUUUCAGGAAUAGAAAUCUGAUGUGAAAAGCUGAUGUGGUGAGACAAAUGUUGCCAGAAGAUACAAAAUGUACACAUUGGCAAAAUGGUUACGUGGUGAAGAAAAUGAAAUAAAAGAAGAGAUGUUAAAAUUUUAAAAAAAGGUUGUAACUUGUGUGCAAAAAAAAGGGUGAACAAUCCUCACAAAGACUUGCUUAAUGUCCAAUCUAUUUUAAAACUGUAGAGAACUAUUUGAAAACCUUUAUUUUAUGUUAAACAAAUAACUUUCUUAUUAAUACAAUUAAAAUAAUUUUGUAAAAAAAAUGGCCAGGCCAAAAAAGUAACUUGAAAAGUAAAAUAUUAAGCACUUAAAUAUGAUUCAUGUGGUUUAAUUUGCUUUAUUUAAUGAACUAUAAAUAUUGCUUUGUUUCUCGUCAAAUUGUACUUAUUUAUGCACAAUGUUAUGUACGAUUUUCUAAUUUGUUUAUAUAACUUAAUGUGCCUUUAAUUUAAUCCUAAAAUUACGUAUGUAUAUGAUGUAGGUGUGCUUGAAUAAAAAAUAAAUGUUAACGUAUU